GUCAGACGGUGCAUCAGAGCAGCGCGGAGUUGAGGACCGCUUCAGAGUUAACCAGAGUUUAGCUACCUCUUCAUUGUGAGCAACCAUGAAAGUGAACUGCCUCCUGCUUGCCAUACCUGUCCUUGUAGUUGCUCAGUUUGUCCAAGCUCAGGAAGGUCCGGACUACUUUCCUCUGGAAGAUGACUACAGUUAUGGGGACAACCCAGUGUUGGAAGCCUCUCCUCAGCAACAGAUUCUCCUGCAGCCUGCUGUUGUGCCUGGACAAUCUGGGGAUUUGACUGAGCCAACAGAACCAGGCCCUCUGGAUUGCCGUGAGGAGCAGUACCCAUGCACCAGGCUGUACUCUGUCCAUCAGCCAUGCAAGCAAUGCCUCAACAGCCUCUGCUUCUACAGCCUGCGUAGAGUGUAUGUGAUAAACAAGGAGAUCUGCGUGAGGACUGUCUGUGCUCAUGAAGAGCUUCUCAAAGCUGACCUGUGCCGGGACCAGUUCUCGCGGUGUGGCGUGGCGGCACUGAGUGGCCACUGUGGCUCUAUGGGCGGCAGCUGUGGCAAGAGCUGUGGAGGCUGUUGAGCGUGUGAGGUCUGCACAGAGAGACCAGCCCUAAUACUGCUUAAUCACCUGGACCCUUCCACCGUGGUCACCAUCCUUUUACUCCAGAGUUUGACUUCAGUAUUACUACUACUCGAACCCCCUCCCCAUCCACCACACACUUUAAGUAUGUAUAAUAUGCAAACACAUAUGUUGUAUGUACGUGUGUGAAAUGGACUUCCAGAAUAUUCAUCUAUGAACAAAUCUGCAUUUAUCCAAACACUUGUAUUUACCUUUGUACUCCAAUACUGAUGACUGUACAAUGUCACUGGUGCUAUGAACUACACUGGUUCUAGGACAGGCAGCAUAUAUGUCCUUGCAAUGCACAGAACCAGCUUAAGGAUGUCUGAUGUCAGAAUUGAUGUUUGUGUGUUUGUGUGAUUUGUUUUUGCCUUUAUUGUAUCAUGUAUUCUAUGUGUUUUUUUGUGCGAUCUUUUACUUUUGUACUGUAUUUGUGAUGGAAAGCAGAGUGCCAGUAAUGACCAUCCAGUCAAUCAUGGCCACUGUGCAUAGACCCCAGCCGGUGGGGCUCCAUAAAGCAUUCUUACCCCGUUUUUGACUUGCCAUCGAUCAGUGCUUUCUCUGUGUGUUAUCUCACCACCUUGGCUACAAGCUCCAACCAUCAGACUUGAAGUGUCAGCAUAGUAGAGAAGACUUAGUUGUGCUUGAAGUGUCAGCAUAGUAGAGAAGACUUAGUUGUGCUUGGUGAACGCAGCUGACCUGCUGCUCCUGUACUACUGCUUCAGAUAAAAAUAAAUAAAUAAAUGGGUUCUUGGU